CUGGACGACCUGCACGUCCGUUAAACUUUAAAGCAGAUAAAAAAAUAUAUAUGUUUAAUAUAUGGAUAUAAAAAAUAGACACUUUUUUUUAAAUCGCUAACAAAUGAAGGAUGGAUUUGAGGUAUUUUGCGUUGUUCUGAGUUUUUGUUUGGAGAAAAGUGACUUCCCGUUUGCGUUUUAUCUCUCCAACUUCCUGUUUGAGCUUUUCUUUCUUUCUCCAACUUCCUGUUUGAGCUGCCACCCAACUGGCGACACUCCGCCAGAGUCCACUCCGGUCCGGAAUCGUCUGCAGUCGCCACAGCGCAGGAGUCACAUGACCACGCCGUCCCCAGAGAUCGCCUCGCUGUCUUGGGGCCGCAUGACGGUCAAGGGGGUGUCGGCGCCCUACAAAGACUGUAAAGUUUGGCCCGGGGGCAGCCGGGCGUGGGACUGGCGGGAGACGGGCACCCAGCACCGUCCCGGAGUUCAAGUGGCGGACGUGCAGGAGGUUGCGGACGCCGGAGUCGACGUGCUGGUGAUCGGGCGAGGCAUGGAGACGGCGCUGCGGGUUCCGACCGCCACGGCGGAGUGGCUGACGCGUCGGGGCGUGGAAGUGCGAGCGUUGCAGACGGAGGACGCCGUGGCCGAGUACAACCGGCUGGCCCGGCGCGGCGCCAACGUGGGCGGCCUCUUCCACUCUACGUGCUGAGCGACGUCGCUUUCAAACAAGAAACGUGCUCAAUGACAAUAAAGAACAUUUUGUUUGUUU